AUGAUUAUUGCAUCAUUCGGAGCAAGUGCAAUUUUAAUUUAUGGUGUUUUAGAUUCUCCAUUAGCUCAACCUCGAAAUGUCAUUUGUGGUCAACUCAUCGGAUCUAUUGUGGGUGUUAUUAUUGCACAGCUUUUUCUUAAUAUUCAACAUGUCUGGGCUUCUGAAGAACAAAAAGUGGUUGUAGAAUGGCUAGGAGGUGCUACAGCCAUGGCUCUUGCCUUGACAGUAAUGCAAAUCACAAAGACUGUUCACCCACCCGGUGGUGCAACUGCAUUAAUUGCUGUCAUCACUCCUAAUAUUGUUGAAAUGGCCUGGUUCUAUAUCGCCAUCGUAUUUUUAUCUUCUGUUUUGCAGGUUCUGGUUGGCUGUUUAGUGAAUAAUGUAGAGCGUAGAUACCCUCAAUACUGGUGGACCCCUCACACACCCAUCCGGAUUGAUCCUGCCACUAUAUCCACCCUGAUACCCAAUGCAGAUACCGAUAGUAGGCGCAAAGAAGAGGUCGUCUCUAACAAUCUAACAGCUGCUGAAGAGGGAAGGAUAUGUAGCGGCGAUAUAUCUAUCAGACGCUUGUCUGUCGUUUCCAGCAGUGCUAAUUCUUCGUCUACAGCAAUGAGUAUAGAUAAUUCUGUAGAAAAUGCAAUCAAAAUAUUACAAGAACACGCUCAAAAAUCAAACAUUUCGUAUACUUUAAUAUCCCCAGGAUUACCCUUAAUUACCACCUCCGGAAUACUAACUGAUGAGCAGUACCAAUUCAUGACAAUUUUAGCACAAGACGUCUCUCUUGAACCUAAAAAGAUUUAG